AUGAUGAUCAUGGUGAUGGUGAUGGUGAUGGUGAUGGUGGUGGUGGUGGUGGUGGUGGCGGUGGUGGCGGCGGCGGCGGCGGCGAUGGCGAUGGCGAUGGCGAUGGCGAUGGCGAUGGCGAUGGCGAUGAUGAUGAUGAUGAUGAUUUUGAUGAUGAUGAUGAUGAUGAUGAUGAUGAUAAAAUUACUUAAUGAUAAUGAUAGUAGAAUAAUUUCCAUCUGUUUGCAGUCCAUCAAUGUUGCUUUCCUUGGUUGUGAGAGGUUCACAGACGUUCUUAGCUCCUUUAAACUGGCAGGAACCAUGUUGGGAGAAAUUUUGUCAGGUAUUAUUUUAGUUAUUGAAUAUAUACUCUAGAUUCAUCUAGUAAUAACUGAAAAUGAUGACAUGUAAAAGUCAUGCAACAUAACAUGGGCACAUGGACUUCUACAAUUAUUAAAAAAUUAUGAAUUUAAACUACAGAAAACAAAAAUUAUUUUUAUGUUUCAACUACACAUUUAGUUCUGGUUGCAAACAGUUAAAGGUAAAUAAUUGUCAUUAUCCAUAAGCAGAAGACAACCAAACAAAAGUUGAACAUUGGAUUAAACUGAUGACGGCAUGAAUCAUGCCAAAAUAUUUCUUUAAUUUGAUUCUUACCUUUAUUCUAAUAAAUAAUAGUAUUAAUGAUGAAUCCCACAUACUAACAAAACUUGACAAAUUUCUUUUUCUUAUGGCAUGUUCAUGAAGGACCUAAUUUUUUACUUCAGCAUUUGAAUUCAUGGAUUGUUCCUCUAUGCAUCUUGUGGAAAGUAAACUUGGUUUACACAAUCCAAUCAAUAAAUGGCCAUUUUAUGUGCUCAUUGAGACCUUUGGUUCUAAUAGCAGCCAUGAUGAAGAGGUUUGUAACAUGCUUACAGAUCAGCUACCACCUAGAAUAUACUGAUUAUGCCAUAGCCCAUUUUCUUUUCAAUUGUUUAUAAAUAUUGAAUUAAAAUAUUAUCGUUCUAAAACUUUUCUUUUGUUAUACGUAUGUUUCUAAGAUGUGCAACAGCUGUGAUUCAUCACAUGUUUAAAAAUAGUUUGCAAGCAGAAAAGAAAGUCUUGACAGGAUAGUUGACAAGCAUCAAUAAGAGUCUUCAUAGCCAAUAACAUCAUGGCUUUACUGACAGAUGACCAAUAAUUUUGUGACUUAUGACCAAUCAGGUCAAUAGCACUGUUUAAUACCAUGCACUGAUGUGAUACAAUGAUAAAACUUACUUAACUCUAGAGAUGACUACCACACUGGUUGUUUAAAAUUAUGUCAGUGACGGUCACUAACAGUCCUAUCUGGGACUAUGCUCACCUGGACAAUCAUAUUAUGACAUUUUUUAAUGUUUGGUCAAAUUUGUGAGUUUCUUGAAUUGUAUAACCAGCCUGGAAGUUUUUGUAAUCUUUUGUAGAAAAUGAGUCUUUUCCUUGAAAAAGUGAUAUCUGACAACACGGCUCGAGAUGGCACUUUAGCAACAGACUUAACUAAGGUGUGUUCCUCAUUUAAACUUGUUGUUGUUGUUGUAUCUCUUUGGCAAUUAUCAAAUAAAUUUAAUAACAAUAAAGGAGUUGUGACUAAUAGUUUUGUUCAGAAGUAUAAUUUUUUUUCUUGAAGAUAAAAGCAGUUUGGGCUUUACGUGAAAGAAUAGCAGAGGCUUUGAUGUUUUGUGGUACAGUGUAUAAGGUAAUUAAUAUGACUGGUACACACCAGUACAUUUUCAAGAUUAUAGCUAUAACUAAAUACAUGAGGAGAUUAUGGUAACUGGUGCUGACUUUAAAGAACCAGGUAGCUAACAAGACACUGACCUUUUCCACCCCCUCAAAUGGUUUGUUAAUCAGUGGGUGGUGUAACAUAUACAAUCCAUUAAAUUCAAGUACUAAAAACAGACAUUUAAGUGAAAAAUAUAACUCUUACUCAUUCACAAGAGGUUAGUAAGCAGUCAUUGGAUUUAAUAAUAAAAUAUUAGAUGAAAAUAAAUUUUGUGUUAAAAGAUGUUUGUCUGUGAGAUCACAUAGUUAAGAAUGGCUUUAAGUGAAAAUAUGAUGCUGUUUAUGACCUUUUUACACAAUGUUUCAAUGUUUUUUAUGUUCGUAGUAUGAUCUGUCACUGCCUUUGCCAAAGAUGUAUGAGCUUGUGUUGCACAUGAGAGAACGACUCGUUGAUAUGCAGGUCACUAAUGUUGUUGGAUAUGGUCACCUAGGGGAUGGUAAGUAGUUGAAUCUCAUUCCACCCACCCACCCACCCCUAUUCCACCUGUAUUAGGAAAAAACUCAUCUGUCGUGCGCAGCUAGCUCAUACUGAAUCUUUGCUGGUAUGAGCAGUGAACAUGCCUGCUUUAUAUUACCAAGAAACCUAAAACUAAUGAAGCUAUGUUCUAGAAAAUAAAAAUGUUUACAGACAGGAUUAUUCUGUUAAUUCCUACUUGUGAGAGAGAAGAACUUGUACUUAGUAGUUUAUGCUAAAACACUGAAUUGAAAGUUGUCACAAGGUACAGUCUAACCUCACCUUAUGGACACCUCUUUAAUAUGGACACCUCUCUAUUACGGACAGUUCGUUUGGUCCCAGAAAUGCCACAAAUCAUACAUUCCCUACCUCUAUAGUACGGACACUUCUGUAAAGCGGACACUUGGUUCUGUCCCUUUGGUGUCCGUAUUAAAGAGGUUUGACUGUACACAAUUGGGAAACUAAGAACUGGACUUAAUGUAUAACCGACGGACUUGAAAACGAAAAAAUGCAAAGGAGUUGGUUAGCCUUUCUAAGCUUCGACUUUGACAAUUGAAUAAAAACUGCUAGUGAAAUAAGUGCCGGGUUUACAAGUUUGAAAAGAAAAGCACCACCUACCUGUGCCCCCCCCCCCCCCUCUUGAGUACACCACAAGAGGUUAAGUUGCUACAAUUUAUUUAUGAUAUUUUCAACACUUUACACAGGUAACUUGCACCUGAACAUAACGACACCAGACCACAGUGAUGAAGUGCUUAAUGAAAUUGAGCCAUAUGUUUUUGAGUGGACAGGUUUGGCCAUAUUUUAUUUACAAAUUCGUUUGUUUUUUAUGACAUAUUAAUAACCCAAACUGGAAGAUAAAAGUAAUAUGUAUAAACAUGAGUUACCAUGAUUUUUGAAAAGGAAGAGUUAAUUAACUUAUGUAGCUGCUAUUUUCAAAUUUAGUGACAAAGUUAACGCUGUUAACGGUCCAAUAUGUAUGCUCACAGAGAAUUCCCCAGACACUAAACGAGUUCCCAGAUUUUAAUGGUAGCUAAGGGACGCACAGAUGAAACUGAUUUUGAUGAAGGAUAAUUCGAGCCGAUCAUUUUAAACGUCUUGGGUGGGAAAAGGACGGGUGGCGAUCUUACUGUGGUAUUCUCUCUCAGCAAAACACCAUGGAAGUAUAAGUGCCGAGCAUGGUUUAGGAUUCAAGAAAGCAAACUACAUUCAUUUCUCCAAGUCGCCUUCCUCAGUUGCACUCAUGAAAGAGAUAAAAGGACUUCUUGAUCCCAAGGUACAAAAGCUGGAAACAAUAAAAUAAUACCAUGAUAAAACUGUGAAAGAUUUAUGAUAGUAUUUUCGUGUAGUUGUGAUAUAAGAACCAACAAACAUAUAUUUAUCCAGUACUCUUUAUUAAGAAAAAAGAUUGUUUGACCUUAGUUGAGCAAAUGACACAAUAUCUUUAUUAGUUAUUUUAUGAUCAUGGUGAAACAAAGGUAGUCCUAAAAACACUCACGGUUAAACAUUGUGUUUUCUGUAUUUGUGGCACUUUCUCUUUUCCUUGUAGAAAUAUAAUGUUAUUGUUUUGUUUUGUCACCGCAGGGAAUUAUGAAUCCUUACAAAGUCCUUCCACAUUAG